AUGGAGGAGAGAACGUUUCUCGCUUUGAUGGUCUUUUCCUCACUCGUAGUAUUAGCAGAAGCUAUUGCUCAAAAGCAUGCUAUUGAAAUCUACAACCUCCACGUGGACUGCAAGGUCACAUCACGAUUUGCUCACACCAUCAUCACCAGCAAAAUUGUCAACCGAGCUAAUGAGUCCAGAGAGGCGACCUUUGAAGUGGAGUUACCCAAGACGGCCUUCAUCACCAAUUUCUCCAUGUCCAUCGAUGGUAAAGUAUACCCAGGCAUAAUAAAGGAGAAAGCUUCUGCUCAAAAGGAAUAUGACACUGCAGUCUCACACGGGCAGAGCGCUGGCCUUGUCAAAAUCACAGGCAGAAAAUUGGAGCAGUUUCAUGUGUCCGUCAGCAUGGCAGCUGCCAGCAAAGUCACUUUUGAGCUGACGUACGAGGAACUGUUGAAGCGGCAGCUGGGGAAGUUUGAGCUGCUGAUUAAGGUCCGACCGAAGCAGCUUGUUAAGCACUUCCAGAUCGAUGUGCACAUCUUCGAGCCCCAAGGCAUACGCUUCUUGGAGACAGACAGCACGUUCAUGACAAACGAGUUAACUGAGGCACUCACAAAAGUGCAGAAUGAAACCAAGGCUCAUAUUUUAUUUAAGCCAACUGUAGAUCAACAGAAGAUAAAUCCUGAACUCGAUGAAACCCUCCUCAACGGUGAUUUUGUUGUGCGUUAUGAUGUUAAGAGAGGUGCCACUGCAGGUGAUAUACAGAUUGUCAAUGGGUAUUUUGUUCAUUACUUUGCACCCAGUGAAAUGCCAGUGUUUCCCAAAAAUGUUAUCUUCGUUAUAGAUCGAAGUGGCUCCAUGGCAGGCAGAAAAAUUGAACAGACGAGGCAUGCCCUGUUGAAGGUUUUGCAAGACCUCCGCCCAGAAGAUCAUUUCAGCUUUAUCACCUUUAACAGCAAAAUGGCAGAGUGGAAGAGCUCUUUGCUGCAAGCCACUGCAGAGAACGUGGCGAGUGCUGCAGGAUUUGUGCAAACUCUUUCUGCUAGUGGAGGCACAGAUAUCAAUCGUGCCCUGCUGACUGCCGUGAGCGUGCUGGAUAAAGCCGAGAGGCUGCCAGAACGGAGCGUCUCCAUGAUUAUUUUGCUGACAGACGGCCAGCCCACUUCUGGUGAGUAA